AUGACCAUCUCAACUACUACCAACAACCAAGACCCCCUCCCCCUCCCACCCCCCUUCAGCACCAUCCCCCGACACGUCCUAACCUUCGGCCCCUCCCCUAUCCACGCCCUCCCGCUCAUCACCUCCGCCCUCUACCCCCCAAACCCAUCAACAACCAUCUACGCCAAACGCGACGACCUAUCCUCCCCUCUCGCCUCCGGAGGCGGCAACAAGACCCGCAAACUAGAAUACCUCAUCCCGGACGCCCUCUCCAGCG